AUGCAGGGGCAGAAAAGGGGAUUGAGAAGCAUCCCCCCCCAAAAAAAGCACAGCUAUGGCCUCCCCCAGGUGCCAGGGCUGCUGAGUUUUGCACGGCCUCCGCUCCUCCUCAUUGAGAGCAACGGGACCGGGCACCUCAGCGUCGGCCACCAUUUGGCCGGGAGCAAAGGGGCGGUCUGGGCGCUGCUCCUGCCUCUUCGUGGCUGCCUCUGCCUUUCUCAGCUGGUGGGUUCGGACGAAGGCCUCCAACAGAAGCUGGCGGAGGCGAUCCUCCGAGAGAAGAAGAACUUCAAGAUCAGUAUUCACCUUGCUACAUCCCUCCCCUUACCUUCAGAGAGGGAUCACCUUCGGCCCAGGAUAGAUCUGAUUGCGUUUAUGAUUGACAUCAAGAGCAAAUACAGCUUGAAGAAUGUCGAAGCUUCCCUAGCUCAUGUGGAUGCCAGCUUCUUCCUGGGGAAAGUGUGCUUUCUUGUCACUGGGGUCGGCAGGGUGAAUUACUGCAGUGUAGAGAUGAACGCCAUCUGGAAACUGGGAGAAGUCUACUGUAGUCCUGUGCUAUUCUGUGAGCUGGAGUUGGAAGGGAUAAGAGUUGCCACUGCUCAACGACUUCUCCGGAUGUUACAGAUCUGUGCUGGUCACGUACCAGGAGUUUCUGCUUUGUCCUUUGGCUCACUGAUGAGGAACUCUGCUGAUGACUAGCUUCUCCUUGUGCAGAGCUCUAGCUGCGUGUGCUGUUUCGCUUAGCUUGUUUCUGACAUCUGUCUGUGAGCAGGAAAAAGCAGAAAGCAGCACUGCAGGCUUAAUCAGCUGUGAGUGUUGGCAGUCCUUGCAAAGACAGCUCAGCAAGGCACAAAGCCUGUAUCCUUGCUCAGAGGACACACAAAUCCUAGCUCCAGUUGUAUUGUUGCCGGCGGGGGAGGGCUAGGUUGUUUGUCAGCUGGAACAAAAGGAGCUAAAACAUUCAGCUGUGUUAUGGUG